AGCUAAGACAAUAUUAACAAAUCUUAUUUAUAUUAUUCGCAAUAUGGAAUACGAUUUAACACGAAUUGACUAUACUAUUACUGGAAUAACAUUCCCUGAUACAUUAAAAGUAUUACCAGUCUCUGGACCUAAGUCACAACAGAAGUUUGUUAUUGGAGAUAAAAAUGGUGUUUUACAAUGCUUGGGUAUUAAGGAUGAGGAGCCAAUCGUUCAAUUCAAAACAUUACCCGGAAAACCGAUUACUUCUGUACAACUUGCUUCCGUUUCUGGUUCACAAACAGAUAAAAUAUUUGCUGCAUCGGGAAAUGAAGUCAAAGGAUACACAAGAAAAGGGAAAGUGUUUCUGACAAUCGAAACAUCGGUCUCUGAAACAAUCACGUCUAUGUAUGUACAAACUAUGGAGUUAAGGGCAGUAGAAAAAAAGAAAUCAAAAUUAUUUACUCGAUCUACCUUACUAGUACUUAGAAAGUCGAAAUUAUAUGCCAAUGAUGGGAGAUAUUACACUGAGAAUAGCAAGCAACACACGCAAGGACUGCUUUUUUAUCCACUAAAAAAAAUAUUUACGUAGUCCAAACAGUUUAUUUGUAACUAGGUACACCACGUGUGUGUCGUUGGAGGAGAUUUAAUUCUCUGUAGUGGUCGAACUAUAACAUGUUAUAGAGAUUUAAAGGAGCUGAACACUUUUGUGUGCGAAGAUAGAGUCCUUGAUAUUGCAGCAUUCACUUCCGCGAACAGUACCCGAAUACGUCUUCUAGCUUUAGUGGCCAACAAAGGUGCCGUGAUUUUGGAGGGUGGUCAAUUAAUUGCACAAGCGACAAUUUCAUCGGGUCCUUGUCGGCUAGCUGUUCCUCCAGUUCAUCACUUUAAUGAUAUAUAUUCAUUUUAUGGAGCUGUGGAUGGCUGCAUUGGUCUUAUAAUUUACGAUGAUUCUGUGCUAACCAACAAGUGCUUGAUGGAAGGGCGUGGUUUGGGUUCGGUGGUAUGUAUAGGAUGGUUCUUCAGUAGUAAUGGUAUUCAUCUUGCUGUCGGUCGCCAUGAUGGCUCUAUACAACUUUACCUUAUAGACUUAGAAAACAUCACAGAAAAGCCACGUUUGAAGUAUACAUAUUUUUGUGGGGAGCCUGUAACUUCUGUAGCCGGAGGUUGUAUAGGGUCUGAAGAAAGCGAAUUAUUAGCGAGUACUUUUUCUGGAAGAAUAUUUUCUCUGCGAUCACAUCGAUACGCAUCGGGUGCCCAUCCUUUAGCAAAUGUUCCUCGAGAAGCACUUGC